CAAUAUCAUAGCACAUUUAAUUUCAAGAUAAUUAUAAGUUCGUGCAACCUAACAAAUCAUGGUUAUAUUUAAACAAAACGUAGAGUUUAAGAUAUCCUGUAUGGUCUUGUUUGAUUGCCAAUAUCAUUUUAAGAAACCAGUAUAUACACAUAUAAUGACUGUUUAAGUGCGUAUGCAAACACAUAAUAUUAAAUAAUUUCAGAAUAUUAACUAUUUUUUAAGCAGAACGUAGGAUGUUUAAAGAUGGGAAAUAAUAAAUGCUUUGUUUGGAUUACCUCGGCCAUUUUCCAUGCCAUUAUGACCAGGGCCUGAAAAUACCAGCAAACCACUCUGACACCAAUUUGAUGAGGCGACUGAAUCUUUUAAAUAUAACGUUGAGUGACUUUAGUGACAACGUUAACUACACAGCGAAGUACAGACUGGUUGCUGACGGGCCACCAGAGGCCCCACGUGACCUCUUCGUCAGUCACGUGACCUACGACGCUGCUUUGCUGUCUUGGACGUCCGGUUACGACAUGGGCUCCCGGCAAUAUUUCUUUGUAAUGGAAGGAAUCGGCGGAGGAAAAUUUAUUCAGAUGUCUGAUCGAAUAAACGACACUUCCUCGUCACAUGGGAUCAACGCUACAUUCACCUAUCAAAUGCAGGGACUUUAUAGCGACACAUUAUACAACAUAUCCGUGGUCGCAUUAAAUGACAAAGGCUCCGUGAUGGCCCCGCCAGUGUCAUUCAGAACAAAGGACCACAAGACGCAUACAGAUGGACACGAAAAUUAUUAUUACAUUUUGGUGGGACUUGUUGGAGCUUUCCUGCCACUGUUUGUUGUUGCAUGGAUUUUGAAGCGUCGUCGCGAUAGAAGAUCAAAUGAAAGUGUCCGCCUACUACACAAACAAUUAACAUCUGAGGGAUGAAAACAGUCAUCGGCGCUGAAGUUCGAGCCACACAUACAAAGGAACAACUUCGUGUCUGUUAAUAUAUGUGACUAUGUGGAUAUGCGCAUUUUAAGUGUAUUCCGUCUACAUUGGCUUUAUUGUGAUGGACAAUCACAAUUAAUGUUCUAAAUACAUUUGUAACUUUAUAGAACGUAACAACCUGUUUAUCGCUAUAUAAAUGUUAGCAUCAAAAAGUGCAACGCAACACC